AGGGAUGACAUCCAAGUUCAAUAAAUUGGAGAAGUUUCAAGGGAAUGAUUAUCAUAGAUGGCGGAAGAAGAUGCACUUCCUUCUCACGACUUUGAAGGUUGUGUACAUGUUGAGCACUUCGAUGCUGGAAGUGAUGGAAGAUGAAACUUUGGAACAAAUUAGCAAGCGUAACAAGUGGGAGAACGAAGACUACAUAUGUAGGGGCCACAUUCUUAACAGUAUCCCCGUUUCGAAGAUGAACGUGAAAGACCUUGCUCGAUUUAAGAACAAGUCGGCCAAGGAUCCGAAGGGGUCGGAUGCGGGCGGCCAGAAGCCCAUUGGUGCAUUUUUCAAGAAGCCCGAGGGUGAUGUUGCGCCCGUGAAGAGGAAAACGACGGCCAAGGAAUCCCCCCGACUACCAAGAGAUCGAAGAAGGGGGACGCCACGAAGAAGGAUCCCCCGGUAGUGAUCGUGGAUGAGCAUUCCACCUCCGGGCUUGUCGUGGAUGUGCCGACGACUGGAAAGACGACGGGGACGGAGGAGAUGCCCCCGGAGGUCCUGCAGGUUUCCCUCCCGAGGGGAACAGCCGUGACCAACUGCACGGUCGACCCGAGGGUGCUCCUGAGGGGCAUGACCACUGAAAAAGAUGGGGCCACCUUCGGAGCUUUAGAUGAUGUGGCGCUUGAGGACCAGAUCCUCCGAUCUUCCUUAACAGCUUGCCUUGCCCUCGGCGAACAGGCCCGACGGUUGGAGGAAUGGCGUCUCCACAAAGCUGGGCAAGACGCAAAGAUGAAGGAGCUCAUUCAUAAGGACUCCAAGGCCACGAAGCUGAUGGCCCAGCUCGAAGAGGACCUCCAGCUUGCGAGAGCAGAGGCCGGAAGGCUCAGGGAGGAGAAAGCCAAAGCUGAGGAGGCUGCCGCGGAGGCCGCAAAGAAAGCCGUCGAGGAGGCCGAGGCCGUCAGAGCGGAGGCUAUUGUCGCAGCUCGGGAGGAAGCCAUCUCCGGAUUUCUGGACGAGGGGUGGAAGGCCGAGGGACACAAGAAGUGUCUGUCCUCAGUUGUGGAGGCCUCUGUUGAUGAAUGGUGCGAGGGCCCAGGUGAGGAAUGGAUGGCCCGAAAGGGCAAGGAAUAUUAUGAUGGGGGCGAGUUUUUUACUCAGGCCCUCAUAUACCGAAGGAUGGCCCGGCACCUGAAUAUUGAGCCGAAAGAUUUCGAUCCCUCGGCAUAUGGUCUUCCUUCCUUACAACCAGAUGUUCGUGAACCCCUCCCCUCAGGCGUUAAGCGGCCCAACCUGAAGGAUACUGAGUUGAUGAAGGAAGUAGAGGGUGACAUCGUGGAGGCCGGAGUAGAGGUCUCUUCGAAGCCUGCUAGAGAGGAUGCUUCCGGGGGCAAUGCUGCUGAGGUUCCUGAGGAGACUUGUAAUUAGAUAAUUUUCGUACAAUUUGUACCCGAACAUUCACAUGCUUUCGGCUUCGGCCUUUGUAACAAUUACAUUUGGUAUUUUUUGUUUUUGAUGAAUGUAUGAAUGUACGUUUUCCCUCG